AUGUUAAGUGGGCGUGUUCUUUUGGGUUUUGUAAGCUUGGGCUUUGCCGGCCAGUUGGAUGAUUUUGAGCCUCUUGGUGUGACCGCUGUGGGUGGGUUCACUGACAAACAUCAUCUCACAACACUCAUGUCGGCGCAACCACCUGUUGAACAUUACGAAAAAGAUUCUGGAAUGUAUGGGAAUGGCGACAGUGAACGUUUUAAUCCGCAAGUGUUUGUUUUGUCUUCAGCAAAACGCAAGGACAGCGAAGCAGAUGAUGGUGCCACUACCAGCUAUCAAAGUUAG